CAUCAUUUCCCAGCCGAUCACGAGAUAACAAGAGCAGUUUCACUAUUUAGUCAAAAAUUGUUACACAUGUUGAUAUUUGGCUGUAUAUAAUGUAUUCACGCAUAACUUAUCUAUAUGAUUGACGAUCAUCAUGCAGAUAAUCUCAGUGACACGUCGGGUUAUGACCCCUUUUUCCAUUAAUCGACUGGCUUGUGCCUAUAUUCACCAGAAAACCGCCACACCGAAGGGCGAACUAUUCGUUUCUUCUUCCUUCCCAGACAACUUUGAUGAUCCAGAGUUCAUAGCAGAGGCAGGAAAGGAGAAUAAAAGCGUGGAAAAUACAAGAAAACCGACGGAGAAAGCUGCUGGUUCUAGCGAAGCUGCAGUGAAAGCCGACCGUGAUGAUAUCAAAUUCGAAACACAGUCGUCCACGUUAAAGAAAAAACAAGGACCUGUGUCUGAGGCAGAGCCUGAACCGCGACUGGACGAUAUGUAGAUUGUCGAUGUUGGCUCCUUUCAGCCUAGAUUUCGAGUUUCACUGUUUAACUUUAUGGUGUUUACUUUGACAGAUUGCUACACGCGUACUGGGGUUGGAGCGGAAGAAAAGGGUAAGAGGAAUUGCCUGGGAGUUUUCGCGUUGGUCAGGUCAUACAUGCGGAAAAGUCUUGGGGUCAAGUAUUGCUAAGAAUCUAUGUUGUUUCUGUGAGGGACCGAUCAUUAUGUAAUUUUAUGGUGUUUAUCUGUAAAAAUCUAAGAACGAGGUUUUGAGUGAUCUGGC